GAUUGCAGGAGAUCGAAGGAGGUGAGGAUGAGGAAGCCGGAUCCGAUGGGGAAGAUGGGGAACAAUAAUAAUAAGGCGAAACUGAGGAAAGGGUUAUGGUCGCCCGAGGAAGAUGAGAAGCUGAUGAGCUACAUGCUGAGGAAUGGACAAGGUUGCUGGAGCGACAUUGCCCGGAAUGCCGGCCUGCAGAGGUGCGGCAAGAGUUGUCGCCUCCGGUGGAUCAAUUACCUCCGACCAGACCUCAAACGCGGCGCCUUUUCGCCGCAAGAAGAAGAACUUAUCAUCCAUUUGCACAACAUUCUUGGCAAUAGGUGGUCUCAAAUUGCGGCGCGUCUUCCCGGGAGGACAGACAACGAAAUCAAGAAUUUCUGGAACUCCACCAUCAAAAAGAGGUUGAAAAACAACGCCAAUAACCAAAACAAUUCAUCAUCGCUUUCCCCGAACACCAGCGAUUCAUCCUCGGAGAAUCCGAGGGCAAUGAUCGGCGGAGCCACCGCCUCCGCCCUUAUUCUUCCGGCCAUGCACCACCACCACCAACCGGAAUUCAUGGCGUCCAUCUGCAUGGACUCAUCUCCGUCGUCAUCUUCCAACAUGCUGCCCCACUUCAACCCUUUCCCUCCGCAGCAGCCCUUCGAGGAGGCGGCGGCGGCGGGGUUGUUCGGCCUGCCGCCGUGCCUCGCGGCGCAGCUGGUCGGAGUUGGUGGGCCCUCCGCCGCAGGCGAGUGCGGGUUUCUCGGAGACUAUAAUAAUGUUGUCGUGGAACCCUGCUACGGUGUAAUGGGGUUGGAAAAUGACCUGUCUGUCCCUCCAUUGGAGAGCAUUAGCACCGCUAAUAACCACAACAACAAAGACAGCAAGGAGGAGAAUAACAAUAACAAUAAUAACAACGUUAAUAACAAUAACGUUGACUAUUACGGCAUCUUUGAGAAGAAAGCAAACGCCGUUAACUCCAACAACAACCACUUGUACGAGGAAGGGAGCAUUAAGGUUGAGGAUUACAUGGUUAAUCAUCAUUGGAGUGGAGAAAGCUUAAGAAUCGGAGAAUUGGAUUGGGAAGGUUUGUUGGCUAACGUUCCCUCUUUACCUUACCUUGAUUUCCAAGUUCAAUGAUCUUUCAAGUUUCAACCCCCACCCCCACACCCCACCCAGCAAGGCCCCACCAUUCUUGGCAUAGACAAACAAUUUUUUUUUUUUCCCCAAAAAUACAAAAAA